AUGGAGGCCCUGUGUCAACAAUUGAGUAAGUUUGUGGACACUCUGAAUAGGUCGCAGCCGCAUUUGUUCGGCGAAGGGACGCAAAUAUCAACCGCAAGGGCAGACGAGCAUGCAUCGCAGUCGCUGCAUUUGGCCGCUCGUACAGGAGACAGCUCUUCAAAUACAGUGCUCGCACGAAGCUCGCGAUGGGACCUGCCUCCUGGAAGACAAUCCUCGGCUGAUGCAGUUUAUCCUCCUGGCGACGUCUUAGACUCUUCUGAUGACAAUGACGCGGAUGAUAAUGACAAUGAUGCCUACGAGAAUACCGCACAGAAUGAUGUCUCUGACAUGGUCGAAUCUCAGUCAAGUGCUGCGGCCAAUCGUGUGGGAGCGUUGGUGGGAGAUUCAUAUGGACAUCUAAGAUUUGUCGGAGGUGCGUCAAACAUUAUGCUCAUUGAAGCAGCCCAGCAUGAUCACCCCAUCGAACCAGCUGUUACCACGACCGCGCAAAGCAAUCAGAGUGCCUCAGCCUCAAAGGACGUCGAAUUACCCCUCUUCGUGCGUGGAAGAGUCUGGCCUGAACUCCCAUUUCUUCCCAAACCAGACCAAUUACCUCGUCCACCACAGUAUAUUGCUGAUCUACUGGUAAAGCUUUACUUUGAUCAACUGCACUACACGUUCCCAGUCGUGUUCAAACCUCACUUCCUCGAGCGCUAUCGGCAGCUCUACCGAACUGGAUCGAGAGGAACUGCCUUGACCGAUUCGAAAUUUACGAUGGUCUUCUUUGCAGUGUGCGCUUGUGCAUCGAGUCUUUUACCAACCUCUCCGGAAUCCCGCUUUCCAGGCUUAGAGUACUAUGAGAAAGCCUUACUGCUCUACUACGCAUCCACGGGGGAAGUCUCUCUGGACAAGGUACAAUGUCUGGCGCUGUUAGCCAUGUGCUGUGCAGGGUGGAAUACUCUAUCACAGAGCUGGAUCAUCACAGGACAAGCAGUAAGAGCUGCUCAAGACUUGGGUCUACACUUGAGCAGUGCUCUGAUGAUGCCUCCCUCUUCGAAUGUAAACAUUCCGGCACCCUCGGACUUCCUUCAUCGCCAAAUUUCACGACGCGUAUGGUGGUGCAUCUACAGCCUCGAGAGGGUCACCUCAAUUUGUCUUGGCCGGCCUGCAGCGAUCCUCGACGAGGAUUGCAACUGUGAAAUGCCACUCAAUGUGAGCGACGAGGACUUGGAGUUGUUCGCUCACCAGCCGAAUUCGAUAGACAGCCACUAUGAUCCCAAAGCAUCGUCUCCGGCCAUGGGCUUCCUUGCCUUUGCCAAACUUUGUCGUAUUGCCGGGAAGAUCCAGCAGCUCAAUUCUCCUCGGCGCAUUGGAGAGCUAGCAUCGGCCGAUCCUGACAAGAUGCGCAAGUUUUCUGCAAAGGUGGCGAGUCGUGAUCGGUUGCUACGCUCUUACCUUGAGAGUUUGCCAGACGAGAUCUGCUUCUCUGCCAACGUGUCCCAGUGGGACCACGAUCGCAAUUACCAUUUGACAAUGUGCAUGAUCAUCUUCAUUGUCCACUCUGGGUCCUUGUUGAAUUUGUAUCGGAGUUUCGUGGGAGAUUCGCAGCAGGCGUCACAUCUCAACGCUUCAAUGGAGGCUGUGGAUGCUGUUGCGCAAUGUAUCAGCGCAGCAAGGAGUUGCAUCAAUGCAGCUGAAUUGGUCAGGGACUCUGUUCCGCCGUCUCAUUAUCUUGCCAUCUGCCUACACUACUUGACACUUUCGGGCAUUAUGCUUAUCCGGAUUCCAUCAUCUCAACCCAGGCAUGAGAUUAUUGAGGAUGUGGAGAAAUGUGUCAGCUUUCUCAAAGGUUUGGAGGCCCGCUGGUCUGGGGCAUCCAGAAGCAGAUCUAUCAUAGAGCGCCUUUUGGAGAAUUAUCGUCACCGCACGUCAACCGAGGGCUAUCAGGAGGGUGACUUACUACAGCAGUCACGCGUGGGCCAAGGCCACAAGAGGACUUUUACAGACUUUAUGGGUGUUGACCUGGGUGAAACAGUUGAUGAGAGUGUCCUUUGGCACCAACUUGCAGGCCCUGAGUUGUUCAUGUGGGAGGGAAAUGACCCUGGAGGCCUUAGCUUGUGGGAUCGACCGUAG